GAAAGAUUGAGGGAGAGGGAGUCGGAAAGUAACUGAAGACAAGGAAGCAAGGCGAACAUCGGUCCGGCGUGUUUAACACCUUUUCCACCACCUUAGGACGUCAUGGCUGACCCGGAGAAGCAGCCCGAACAACCAAAGGCUGUACAACAAAAGCCCGUCCUAGCAAGCAGAGUAACAGGGGUUGUCAAAUGGUUCAAUGUCAAGAGUGGUUAUGGCUUCAUCAACAGACAUGACACCAAAGAAGACGUUUUUGUCCAUCAGUCUGCCAUAAUCAAGAACAACCCGAAGAAGGCCGUCCGCAGCGUGGGUGACGGGGAGAUCGUAGAGUUUGACGUGGUCGCGGGUGAGAAGGGCAAUGAAGCGGCCAAUGUAACUGGUCCCAAUGGAGAGCCGGUGAAGGGCUCACCCUACGCGGCAGACAAGCGGCGCAACUACCGGCCGCAGUGGUACUACGGCCCUAGACGCGGAGGUAGAGGAGGAGGCCCGCCCGGCCGCAGACAGCCUCGAGACAGCCAAGGGGAAGGUAAAGGAUAUGACUCCCAGAAAGAUGAGGAAGCCGGGACGGACGGAGAUGAGAGGGGAGGUGGUCCUCCGCGUCGCUACAGGCCCCGCCGUCGCUACGGAGACUAUAGCUACCGUGGAGGUCGUGGUGGGGGCCGACCCCUGACCAGCGGAGAUGAUGGUGAGGGUAAUCAGUCAUCAGGAGGUGGUGGAGAUUACGAGGGAGGGGAGCCGCGCAGAGGCAGGGGGGGCGGUGCGCCACGCCGCUUUUUCCGCCGAAACUUCAGAGGGGGUCGCCCCCCCAUGCGCGCCCGCAGCUCGGAGGGCCCCCAGAACACCAGUGAGGGGGAGGGGGACGGAAGAAAGGAGAGUAAUGGGGGAAGGGCUGGCCGUCCCCGUUACAACCGCAGGCGGGGGGCUAGAGGAGCUCGAAACAGCACACGUGAGAGCGAGUCCAAGUCUGGCAAGCCAGAGCCAGCGACAGACGCACCCGCUGCUGAAGCUACCCAAGCAGUGCAAAACACUGUCUCUGAGAGCACUGCUUAAACAAUAUUUUUAUUACUUUUGUUUCAAUUUUAACAUCCAGUUUUUGUGUUAGUGCAUUGAACUAUUUAUAUUUAUACAUUCAUGGUUGAGUUUGGUUUUGUCGGGGGACAAACUUUAGUUAGUGUUCUCCCUGAGAUUGUCUUGUAGUCACCUGGUAUCUCAUUUCUCCAGACCUCACCACAAUGAGAAUGCGUCGCUUUAAGUAUAUUGUUUUGAGAUCUUGCCUCGAAGAAUGUUAUUUAUUUUGAUGAAUGAUCGAAGUUUUAACAAUUAUUUUUUUAUAUAUUUGUUAGUGUUUUUAUUGAUUUUUUUAAAAUUGAGACUCUAAGAAAUGAGAUUUUCCCGGGUUAUUUGAGUAAGACCAUAAAAUCAGUGUUUUAAUAACCUAGUCGGUCCGACGUAAGUGCACAGCAAAGACACCAACAUAACUUGAAAGUAUAGAUCGGAACGUUUGCUGGGCGCUUGCUCGAGUGUCAUGUACCAGAUCCGCUUGUCAUCAAUGCAGGUGUUUGUGGAAAGCAACAGCGUCGCGUGAAACGAAAGAAUAUUCACGGGUGGCUCUAGCGGGAACCACAUCGUAGUUUGGUCACCAUCAGGAUGUGGACUUCCAACAACAUUAACAUCACAUAUAUAAUGAUAUCAAAACAGCAUUAUUAACAACUCUAACAGCCGGUAACAACGGCCGGCAAGAAACAUCAAAUUUGUAAGACUUGGUGUAAACCGUCAUCAUAUGUCAUUACACCUUGUCAAGCCAGAAACUGUUACUGCCAAUUAGUAAUAUUGACAACUUUAAAAGUUAUAACAUCAAAUGUGUCAAAUUGUCAUUGACGAAUUUAAAUUAUACAUUGUACAAAAAUGUCUAAAAGAAUUUUUUCACGAAACAUUUGCAUUUUGAAUAAACAAGCCAAAAAAAUUGA